AACUCAUUCACAGCAACACAACACAACUCUUCACACACGUCUCAGAACAGGGUCAGUGCAGCGAGACACUAUGAACAAUCCUCAUGGAGACAACACACGCUGUCACUCAUCUUUACAGUUUCAAUCAUUUCAGUGACUUCACACUAAUUAAUAUAAGGCAGCUGACUUGUGGUAAGUACAACAGAAUUCAGCAGACCAGUUGACUUCUUACUGACGAUCAUUCACCGUCAGCAGACACUUAUCCACAAUGGCCACCUACAUCUCAGACCUUAAUGUGUCCAUUGAUGAAGCUCAGGAGAAAGUUCCAAUUACAAGGCUUCAAGAAAAUUAAUGUUAAUCUGAACCAAGGAGCAGGAGGAAAUGCCAUCUAUCUUUGGUACAAAAAUGGGUCACCAGCAAUCACCAAGCUUCAAGUUACAUACAACCAUGACAUGGCUGCUGGAUUUCAAAAAGCAGGGUACACACAGAUCUCUAACGAUCUCAAUGUUACAGGAGUAGGUGACCCCACAUACCUUUGGUACUUCAAAGGGUCCGGAGACUAUGAUACUCCUAUAGUGGACAUUGAUGUCACUACAGAUCCAGAAAAAGAAGCUGUGAAGUUCAGCACUGGCUGGGAGACUCUAGCCUGUGAUCUAAACAACAACGCUGGAGGGAACUGGGUCUAUGUCUGGGUGAAGAGAGAGAAACAAACCUACAUCUGUGCUGUCAGUGCCACUAAUACCUUCAGCUCAAACGACGACUACUUAACGGCAGGUUACAUCCGUUUGGAUGAAGAUACUAACACAGGGGCCGUAGGAUGCUAUGUCUUCAUCUGGUACCAGCAGACCACCGACCCCAAGCGUGCGCUCACUGAUCUGAAAAUCUCCACCAAUGAUAAAGAGUAUCAGCCCCUUAAGCAGCAAGAUUACACUCGUGUGGUUGUUAACCUCAACAAGGGGACCGGAGGUAACAAGGUGUACCUGUGGUACAAGAAGGGAGGCGUCAAGCCAAUUAAGGCCAUCACCCUGCUUAUCAACCCAUCUGCUGUUUCAGAGUAUAAGAAUGCUGGUGCCACUGUUAUUGAAAAAAAUCUCAGCAAAGGCAUUAAAAGCCAAAUGAAGUACCUGUGUUUCUAUCAGUGAAAGGCUGAGAAAGCCUUCUUCAUGAUCACAGAGCUGAGAAUUACCAACACUCACUGAAGUGG